UCAAAUAUUUAUUUCAACCCAAUGAGUAUCGACUCAAAUUUAAUUAUUGUGAACAUAUUGGCAUUAACUGUUAUUAUUUAGCAAGUUAUCCAAUUGUAUUACAUUAAAACAUGUCGAUAGCGAGUUCAUAUGAAGAAGAGACGGAUAGCAAUAGUUCUCACCAAAAAGUGUCAAUUUCAGUUGAUGGAAAAGUAAUAACGCGUCGCAGAGUCAUACUUUCACAUUCAAUUUUCACCUUCAUCAAUUUUUUAAACUUCACAGACAGGUACACGAUAGCAGGAAAUCUCUCAGAUAUUCAGAAUUACUUCAAAAUCAACGACACCCAGGGGGGACUAAUCCAAACAGUGUUUAUCCUUGUCUUCAUGUGUUGUGCCCCCCUAUUCGGCUAUCUGGGGGACAGAAUCACCCGCAAGUAUAUCCUCAUUGGGGGAAUAUUAGCAUGGUCUUUCUUCACAUUGAUGGGGUCAUUUGUGGGUCCGAAUAACUUUUGGGUUUUCCUUUUAUUGAGGGGAUUAGUAGGAGUUGGAGAGUCAAGCUACAUCACAGUAUCGCCUUCUCUGAUUGGCGACCUGUUCUCCGAAUCCGAAAGAAUAAUUGCUCUCUCCGUCUUUUCUCUCGCAUCUCCAUUCGGAGCCGGGUUCGGAUACAUCCUUGGAUCCCUCACAACUUCCAUUGCGAAAGACGCCGGUGCCGACGGGAUGCAAGGAAGCGGAAAAGAGCCCAUUCUAGGUGUAAUCGCGGUUAUUCUGACGGUGCUUUUCGUCCCGGAACCAAUGAGGGGAUCACGGGAGACAUCGGUUGAUAACGGAGUGGAACUAAAAAUGAAGACGUCAAUGAAAGAUGACGUGAUCUACUUGUUCACGGGUUGUACUUCAAAUAAGACUGCAGUUUUUGUGACAUUGGCUUGCACUGCAAAUGUUUACGUGGUUGGUUGUCUUGCAUUUUGGGCACCUCUCUUCAUCGAAGAAGCAUAUUUAGCUCAAGGCGAAAACCCCAACAACGCAGUAAUAUCAUUCGGUUUUGGUGCAGUCACAUGUGCAAGUGGGGUAAUCGGAGUUGUGUUGGGUGCAUUUACCGCCCGAUUCUUCCGAAGACGCACAUUGAAUGCGGAGCCGUUAGUUGCCGCUUAUGGACUAAUACUAGCGGCACCCAUGGUCUUCAUGUUCGCUGUAAUCGUGGAAUACAACACAAUAGGGAUCUUUUCCAGACCUUUCUCUAUAUGGCCGAUUGUGAUAUUGGGCGAAAUUGGUCUGUGCGUAAAUAUGGCACUUGUUCCGAAGAUUUUGAUCGAUUGUGUUGUGCCCAACAGAAGGUCACUUGCAUCCGGAAUCUCAACUGGAUUCACUCACAUAUUCGGAGAUGCUUACAGUCCCUUCUUCGUGGGAUUGUUAGCUGACGUCACUUAUGGAAGCAGUUCUCACUACAACCAGUUCAAGGGGCUCCAACUAGGUGUGCUCACUUGUCCCAUUGCGAGCGCCAUAGGAACCGCUGCUUUCUUCGCUUGUGCAAUUGCAUACGAAGGCGACCACACGAGAACAGCCGAGAUUGUUGACGAGGCCAGACGAGCUAGAAUUGAAAAUGGCCAAGAAAGGGUGUCGCCAGAAGUAAAUUAAAGAGCUACUGUGACUGAAAAAGCGACCCAUGUAUUUACAAAAGUACGUUAAAAGAUAGACG